GUCGGCGCUCCUUCAGUCUCCCACUUCUUCCGGUCGAGGGGGGGGGAAAACAGGAGUGACCGGGUGUGUUCGUCGCCAGGGCAACGUUGCCGGACGGGUGAAGCACGAUUCUGUGUUUUCUUAGCUUGAACUGAGAAUCUGACCUUGUGAAGAAGAUGGUGAAUGUUUUGAAAGGGAUACUUAUAGAAUGUGACCCAGCCAUGAAGCAGUUCCUGCUGUACCUAGAUGAAUCAAAUGCCCUGGGAAAGAAGUUCAUCAUACAAGAUUUAGAUGAAACCCAUGUCUUUGUGUUGGCUGAAAUGGUUAACUUCUUGCAAGAGAGAGUGGGAGAAUUAAUGGAUCAGAACUCUUUUCCUAUUACACAGAAAUAAAAAACGAGGCUGGAUAUGGAUACACAUCGAACUGAAAACCUGUAAAUUUUUCUGUGAAUUAAUUUAAGGCAGAUUGAAUUAUAGUCACUAUGAGAAGUGAGCUACGUACAUAUCAAGAAUUCUCUUUUAUUGUUUUGUGUUUCAUCCUGUCUUAAAACUGCAAUUAUGCUAAUAGCUCAUUUUGUUUGCCAGUGUAAAUUACUAUAGGAUUUGAGAUUCUUUAGGAUGUUCUUUGCAGAGGUGGGUGCAAUGUUAGUAUUGAUAUUCAGUUGCUCUCUGUAAUAUUCCCUCAUAGAAAAAGCCACCUUGAAAUACAGUAUGCUUUUAAUACAAUAUGAAGGAGUUGUUUUUUAUAUUUCCAAGGAAGAUUCUUAAAUUUUGUAAUUUGAAUACUCUUGAAAAAGCAUACAAUUCUCCGCUUACAACCACAAUUGAGCCCAAAAUUUCAGUUCUAAGCGAGAUGGUUAUUAAGUGAUUUUUGUCUCAUUUUACAACCUUUCUUGCCAUAGCUGUUAAGUAAAUCAUUGCAGUUGUUAAGUUAGUACAACAACCCUUAAACAUAUAAACAUAGCCAGUGGGCCCCACAUCACUCAGCCCAAGGCCUGGAAAACGAAAGAUUUUAAAGGCUCCUUGGGAUGCCAACAGAGUGGGAGCAACUCAAACCUCCAGGGGAAGCCAAUUCCAAGAAGGCAGCUAGGAUAUCAUUUUGAGCUGAGCUUUACUUUUAAGUUUUAACUAAAUAGUAAAACUUUAUAGAGUAAAACAUUUAUAUCAUUACUACAAAGCAUCUUAAAUAAAAAUGAUUUAACAUUCAUCAAUGCAUGACACUUCAGACAUGCAGUACUGUCCUAUGCAUAUUUAUUCUAAAGUCCUACUGUACAUCAAUGUCAUUUUACUAUUCAUGGAAUGGUACUUCCAAGAUUCAUAUGCUUUGAUUGGAGAUAAGUGGCUAUUGAUUUGGAACCGAACUAAGAGUUGCCAGAAGUAUCUAUAGAAAUUGCUCUCCCAUUUUCUCUAGUGAGAGCAAACAUUCAUAGAAAAACUAGCUUUAACUAUCUUUGUAAAUGGUUGGAAACUACUGGGGUAUUUUAUGUAGCCUUUUAAAAGUUUUAAAUAAUUCUCAAAAAAUAUUUAUGUUGACAUAUGGAUUGGAUGAAAUAUUUAAGUUUUUAUGCUUAUACAGGUGUUAAUUUACUAAUUUAUUGAGCAUAUACUUUUCUCUUUCAGUCCCAAAGGUGAAAUCGGAAAUAUAUAUUUGUGACAUGCAAAAAAGUGUUAAAUUGAAAUAAACAAAAGUACUUGAAAAUA